AUGCUAGUGAUAUGGCUAAGUUCUGCCAGUGACCAGAUCUUCUUUACUUUCCUCCGCGGCGGCAUACCCUCAUACAAAGAGAAGGAGAUCCCAGACCUCGAAAAGCAACUCCGCACAGCGACAAUCAACAUCAUUGUUUCUGUCGUCGCCGAUGAUGGUUAUCACGAGCAGACGCUGAAUUCGACUAUUCCCUUUGCUCCGAUAGCAUUGGCUAACAACGCUCAUCUCUCCAUUCGCAACGAAGCGGGCACUUACGUGCAGCGUCUCGAACCAGGUUACAACGAAGUCUUGACUGACUAUUGGAUACCAUUUAAGUGGCUGUCAACUGGAACAUGGACACUUGAAAUUGUAGCUAGGCUGGGGAAUGGAGAUUGCUUGUUUGCCUUCACGCUCACACAGCGCUUGGAAGGGGCAUGGUGA